AUGAAAGCUGUCUCGGAUCUGCUCGGCAUUAAAAAUGACGUGGCCAUCACCGUCACUACUGCAGUAGCUGUGAGUGUAGGACUGACGCUGUUAGUGCGUCACUCAGGAAAUCGCAAAUCCAGUAAAUAUGUGAGGUUACCGCCCAUGCCUUCGAGCACUCUUCCAAUCUUGAAAAACAUUCUGGACGUUGGAGGCCACGCUGAACGCUUUCACGAUUGGCUUAAUGAACAAUCCAUCGCGUUUGACAACCGACCAUGGUUAUUUUCGAUACCAGGUCGUCCUUCUACUAUUGUACUAUCUUCUGCGGAGUUCUUUGAGGACGUUCUGGUGCUUCAAGAUGACGUUUUCUUGCGUGGUCCCGUCGGACAAUUUAUCAGCUAUGACAUAUUUGGCAACGGGAUGGUCAUCUCUGACGGGGAUCCUUGGUACUACCAUCGAAAGACAGCAAGCCACUUGUUCUCUAUGCAGAUGAUGAGAGAGGUCAUGGAAUUAACGAUUCUUGAAAAGGUAAGCGACUUUUUAGAUGUCUUGGAUAUCUACUCGAAACGAGGCCAAAGCUUUAGUAUGAAAAAAGAACUGAGUCAUUUCACCAUGGAUGCUAUUGCGAAAAUUGGAUUUGGAAUAGAUAUGAACACCUUGAAAAGUAGCCCAGAUCGGGAAGAUGACCACGAAUUUUUGAAUGCUUUUAAUGAAGGAUCUGUGGCUUUCGGUGUGCGUAUUCAAUCGCCACUUUGGCUCUGGAGACUUAAAAAGUUUCUGAAUGUUGGGUGGGAGAAGAUCUUGAUGAAAAACACUAAGAUCAUGCACGAAUUCAUUUCUAAAGUUAUCGUCGACUCUAUUAACAAGAAGGCAGAACUCGCGGAAAGAGGUGAAACGAUGGAAGCUAAGGACCUUAUCACGCUGUUUCUUGACAAAAAAUUGAAGCAAACCGACGACAUGCACAUUGAAGACGAUGAUGCGACCAUUAUGCGAGAUAUGGUCAUGACUUUUGUCUUUGCUGGAAAAGACUCGACAGCUCACAGCAUGGGCUGGUUCAUAGUCAACAUGAACCGCUACCCUGACGUGUUGCACAAAAUUCGUGAAGAAAUCAUGAAGACGAUACCCGGUCUGUUUACAGGAGAAAUCAAGGUUCCUACGCAAACUCAAAUCCGCAAUCUUGUGUACUUGGAAGCCGUGGUGAAGGAAAACAUCCGACUCCACCCGUCUACUGGAUUUAUAGUACGUGAAGCCAUGCAAGAUACAACCUUAAUCGACGGUACUUUUGUCAAAAAGGGACAGACGAUCAUGCUUUCGUCUUACUGUAACGCCCGCAACAAGAAGAUGUGGGGCGAGGAUGCUCUUGAAUUCAAGCCGGAACGAAUGAUUGACCCGAAAACGGGCAAGCUGCGCAAGCUUUCGCCGUACAUGUUUAGCAGCUUUGGAUCUGGGCAGCACGCCUGCAUUGGUCAGAAGUUUGCAAUGAUGCAGAUCAAGCUGACUAUGGCUACCCUCUUCAGUAUGUUUGAUAUCAAGACUGUCGAAGACCCGUGGAAACUUACUUACGAAUUCUCGCUCACUAUUCCAGUCAAGGGCUCUUUGGAUGUUAAGGUUACACCUUAUGUCACGUUUGCACCUGCAGCAACGUAG